AUGAGUGGAGUUAAUGCUGUGGAGCAAUCCGGCGAUAAAUGUGCUGGGGCAAAGCCUUGCUCUCCUGGAGUGAUCCUUCCUGUUUGGACACCGCCAGCGAGUGAAGUCUCGCAAUGUGCAGUCGUUUUUCGGGCAAUCGUCUACCUCGUUGCUCUCGCUUAUAUGUUCUAUGGAGUGUCGAUUGUCGCUGAUAGAUUCAUGGCUGCCAUUGAAGUGAUCACAUCACAGGAAAGGGAGAUCAAAGUGACGAAGAAAUUCAGUCAAGAUAAAGAAGUGAAAAUGAUUCGAGUCUGGAACGAAACUGUCUCCAAUCUCACGCUCAUGGCUUUAGGUUCAUCAGCUCCCGAGAUUCUCCUUUCAGUGAUUGAAAUUUUCGGAAACAAUUUCAAUGCCGGAGAAUUGGGUCCAUCGACGAUUGUCGGAUCGGCCGCUUUCAAUCUCUACGUCAUUAUUGCGAUUUGUAUUUUGUCAAUACCAGCCGGUGAGGUUCGUCGAGUUCAACACAAUCACGUCUUUUGGGUGACUGUUAUCUGGUCGACUUUUGCCUAUGUGUGGCUCUACUUGAUUCUUUGUGUCUUUUCGCCAAAUGUCGUGGAAGUUUGGGAGGGCGCUUUGACAUUCAUUUUCUUCCCGCUCACUGUCGCUUCGGCUUACUUUGCUGAUCAACAUGCUGGCAUAUUUGGGAGGCGAUUCUUUACUUCCGGACUUCAAUCGGUUUUCCGUCGUCAUCGCUCGCCCACUCAUCUCCCAAAAGCUCGUGGAGCAACGGAUUUGCCCGUUAAGGGGACACCAACUGAAAGAGCCCACCUCUUACAACAAGCCGCUCCAGAUCCAGAUGCGGUUGCUUUUGAAGAACAUCGAAAACAGUAUUUAGAGAUGUUCCGUCAACUUCGCCUCGAACAUCCCGAUGCUCCCAUUGAAGAAUUGGAGAAAUUGGCCACGGAAACCGUUGUGAAAGCGAGCAAAAAGAGCAGAGCUUUCUACAGGAUUCAAGCAACUCGUAUGCUCACCGGUCAAGGAGAUCUUGUGGCGAAGAAGUUGAAAGACAAAGCACAGGCAAAAUUGAAACAAGUCGAGAAACCGAAAAAUAAAUAUGUUACGAUUGAAUUCGAUCCAGCUCACUACAUGUGUCUUGAGAGCUGCGGAACUGUUAAAUUGACGGUAAAAUGCGAUCGUGGCCUUUGUGAUCCGAAUUCCACAGUCUCAGUGGCCUAUAAAACGGUCGCUGAUACAGCGCAAGAGGAAUCGGAUUUCAUCGCAACCCAAGGAACACUCACAUUUAAAGCCGGAGUGACGAGCCAACAAAUCGAAGUAGCCAUUGUGGACAAUGAUGUUUAUGAAGAUGAUGAGCAGUUCUUGGUUCGAUUGUCACAGGUACGUGCUUGGGGUCUGAACAACGCUCCAGUUCCCGUGCGAUUGGGUGCCGCUGCUCAGGCUACUGUACUCAUCGUUGACGAUGACCACGCCGGAGCUUUCGGCUUCAACACCGAGAAAUUCAAAGUCCCCGAAACGAAUGGUGUUUUCAUUGCUGAGGUGUUUCGCACUCGUGGAGCUCGAGGAAAGGUCUCAAUUCCAUACAAAACGAUUGACGGAGCCGCGAAAUCGCCCGGAGAUUACAAACACACCGAGGGCUUAUUGGAGUUUGAUGAUGAACAGACAAAAGGCGAAAUUGUCGUCGAGAUCGUGAACGAUAUCGAGUAUGAGAAAAAUGAGGAAUUUUACAUUGAACUCGGUGAACCGAUCUGGCACAACAUCCAAGAAGGAGAAGGAGCUGAGGGUCGACCACUUCUUGGAGAUCAUCCACGAUGCAAAGUGAUCAUCAUUGAAGAUAAAGAGAUUCAUAAUGCUCUCGAGAAACUGUUAAUGGAUGGGAAAAUCUCUGUGUUGGUGGGUACAUCGACGUGGAAACAACAAUUCAAAGAUGCUCUUGAAGUCGAGGAUUUGGAUGAAGAUGGUGACAUUUCGACAAAAGAGAAAAUUCUUCAUUAUAUUUCUCUUCCAUGGAAAUUAUUGUUCGCCUUGAUUCCACCAACAGAUUAUGCUAGAGGUUGGAUUUGCUUCUUUUUCUCAAUCUUCUUCAUCGGUCUUCUCACGGCGGUGAUUGGGGAUCUAGCUGCUCAUUUCGGGUGCACAGUUGGAUUGAAAGACUCAGUGACAGCCAUCUCUCUUGUGGCCAUGGGAACAUCGGUGCCUGACACAUUUGCUUCAAAGACAGCCGCUGUCCAGGAUAAAUAUGCGGAUUCGUCGAUCGGAAAUGUCACCGGAUCAAAUGCUGUCAACGUUUUCCUAGGUAUUGGAAUCGCUUGGAUGAUCGCCGCCGUCUAUCACGCGUGGAAUGGCACCGUUUUUGAAGUACAAGCGGGAGCUCUUGCCUUUUCGGUGUCACUUUUCCUUGUCGGAUCAGUGAUUUGCAUCGCAAUCUUGCAGUUCAGAAGAUUCAACAAGGGAGUUCAAGGUGAAUUGGGCGGUCCAGUUCGCUGCAAAUACCUCGCCGCAUUCACAUUUAUCGGUGUUUGGUGUCUUUAUUUGAUUCUUUGCUCUCUUGAAGCUUAUUGUAUUCUUCCCGGUUUUUCA